UUCAUUUUGAGUGAAAAAAGACACAUCUAAACCAUAGUGAUUUAGUGGAAAAGUCGAGUUUGAGUCCGUGGGGGCUGACCGCAUGGUCAACCUCUACCAUGGGUGGCUCUACGACGAGUAGCAGAAAGAGACAGAAUGUGAAAAGUGCACCUGAUGUGACUGAUGGAAAACGCAAAAAAGCAAAUUUUGAAGUGCUAAAUGAUAAUGACGAUGGUGGAACAGUGUACAGUGAUGCUUCCGCGAUGACCAUUGAAGAAAUAGAAGAAGAAAAGCCCAAGAAAGCACCAAGAAUGCCGCCAAUUGUGGUGAAAAGUAAAAUAGCAGACACUAAAAGCUUUUACGCUAAUCUGAAAAAGCAAGUGGAGAACAUCCACUUCCGCACCUUCAACACAACCAAGCAAAUCUUCACAUACACAAGUGAAGAUUUUGCAAAGAUCAUCGAAUGGCUGAAGUCCAACACGAUGGACUACUACACAUACACAUUAAAGGCAGAGCUUUGCAAGAAACUCGUCUUGAAAGGACUGGACAAGGAUCUGGAAUAUAAAGAGAUCCUCGAAAAUCUCCAGAUGCAGCACAGUGGCAUUUGUGACGUGAAGCAGAUGCAUAUCAUCCCGAAAUACACAAAAAGCUCUCCAACCGAGAGCCCACAGACUGAUCUCACACCACAAGCUGGACCAUCCACCGCGACAGCUACACAUACAAGAGUAAAACGUGUGAAAAUUGGAGCAUUUGUCGUGUACAUCAAAAGAGAGUGCAACACAAGCGAUAUUAUCAAAGACAUUCGUCAUGUCUUGGACCACGUGAUUGCCUGGGAAAGGUACAACAAACGUGAGAAUCCUGCCACGUUCUGCGGACGCUGCGCAAGAUGGGGACACAGCUCCAGGAACUGCAAUAUGCCGAUAAGGUGUCUGAGGACAGCAUGCAGCAUCAAACCGAAAAUGUCCCUCUUUUGAGGUCCAUCGACAGGAGGAAUCGACGUAACUCGACAAACUAAUGAGGAACAACCCAAGAAACAGCCAGCCAAAUCAACCGACAAAAUCAACCCGUUCCAACACAAACACCUAUAUACAACCGAACAUCUCCUACUCGGAGAUGUUCAACAAAUCCCGUGGGAUCAAUUCAAGCGGUGAGAAUUCAACAAACGGUCAAAAUUUCAUCGAGAAAGAGAUAUCCGACCUUUUUGGAAUCACAACUCUUCAACACGCACAAAAACUAAGAUCAUUCUUGCCAAAAUACCGGCAAAUGAAUGAUAAACUGGACAAGCAAAUAUCCUUAAUAGGAUUAAUUUGCGAAAUUUGUAAAUAAUGGAUUCAGACAUAAAAAUAUUAAUUUUCAAUACAAAUGGCAUAAGAUAUAAACUGAAAGAACUAGAAAAAUUUCUGAAUGAUCAAAACAUAGCUAUAACUUUUCUUAACGAGACAAAUUUAAAACCAAAUCGAAAAAUACACAUAAACGGAUAUAAUAUUUAUAGAAAUGAUGAUAUUCAAAAUAGAAAAGGAGGAUGUGCUAUAUGUAUUAAAAAAACAUUAAGAAUAAACGAAUAGAUUUUCCAGAAAACUGUUUCUCGAAUCCAGUAAGAAUAAAAAUAUUCUUAAGAAAUGACUGCUUCUCAAUUGUGAAUAUAUAUCUUAAACCCAAUGAGAAAAUUAACAUUGACGACUUGAAAAAAAUACUGAGACUAGGAAAUAAAAUCAUAAUAGCAGGCGAUUAUAACUGUCGAAAUAAGAAAUGGCUCUGCCGUUCUACAAAUAGAAACGCAAAAAUACUAUAAACUUUUUAAAAGACAAUAAUGAGAGAAUUAAAUUGUUUGCUCCCACCACCCCAACAUAUAUACCAAAUAGCACCAAAAAACCACAUAAUAUUAUUGAUUUAUUUAUAAGUAAAGGAAUUUCAUUAACAACUUCAAUAUCUCAUAUUAAUCUAAACUCAGAUCAUGCACCUGUAACAUCAAAAAUCAAAAUUUGUAAUGAAGAAUUACAUAGGUAUUACUUGAAAAAGGCUAAUUGGAGAAAAUAUAGAGAAAUCUUAAAUAACAAUGUAAAACACACAGCCGACUUAAGCACAAAAGAAGCUAUAGAUAACAAUAUCACAGAGCUCACACAUAAAAUAACUGAAGCAUUAGACAGUAGUGUACCAAAAAUUAAACAAUUUGAAGAAAAACUACCAGAUUAUAUACUAAAUACUAUAACAUACAGAAACAGAGUAAGAAGAAAGUUUCAGAAGACAAGAAAUAUGAAGAGGACAAGAAAUUAUUAAAUAAGAUCAAUCUAAUGAUAAGAGAAUCAAUACGAAAUUAUACAAAUAGUAAAUGGGAAAGUAAAUUAGAAAAAUUUAAACCUUAGGGGGGUGGGAGCACAAAAAAGAAUAAAAUACAAAAUGUAAGACCUGCUGAUUCACAUAUAUUUUUAUAUCAAAUUAUCUCUAAGCUCAUUAAAUUAAAAAAAAGAGUAACAAAACAAUAGAAACAAAUAGAUUUUUGGAAUAUUGUAAAUAGUAGAAUUAAGCGAUAAAACACUGUACAUACUAAAAAUGAAAUAAACUUGUAUAUAUGUCUUUUAUUUAAAAUUGAGAUGUUAUUGAACUUUGUAUCGGGACUAUCGAUGGGAAAUAUAUAAAGUAUACAAAAACGGCUAUUUCUUGAUUUUCACACAAUCCUUUUUUCAAAAAUAUAUGUCUAGUAAAUUAUAUUGUCUAAUGAAAUGAAAUAAAAAAUGCUGA